AUGCCGAAAUCUGAGGAAUGUGGAGUUGGGCACUCUCCUAACGCGACUGAUUUUGCCACCAGACGGGCGGGCCUCCUACUCCGCGUCAGUGCCUUCGAUUGCGCUCCACUCGAUCGCAGGACAAAGGCGCAAUCUAUGGCCUUCUACCUCAAAGGACAGUACAGGUACUAUACUUGCAGUCGCAGAGAUCUGUGUGAAGGCCGCAUGUCGUGCUCGAGCACUGAGUACCCGUCAUCCUUUCGGAUUUUCAGCGACGCGCAGCGUAGCCGAUUCCCCACCUCUAUGACAUCUUUUCCCCACCCACUCCAUCAGCUUGCACCUCUCAGUUCUUCACAGAUUACCAUGUCAUCCGCCAUCCCAUCCACAGAUGAGUUCGUGAACUACAUCAUGAAAGACAGCACCGGUCAAGGUCGAAAGGCUGUCAGCUUUAUCGAGAGCUUGAAAUCGGUGCGGUCUCACCGCCUGAGAUACUUCCAGGAACCGCGUCCCGAUGCCAAGAUGAUUCGGACGGCAAUCGAGCAUGCUAUUGACAAGUACAAAGCGCUUUCGGGAGCAGUGGACGCUCGGACGGCAUCGGUGAACGGGUUUGCAAAUGAGACUGCCGAACUUCAGCCGUCAGGUGAGGGCGGCAACUACGACGGAAGUGGCGGAUGGUAUCUCACGACGUUUACAGACUGA